AUGUCAUUCAGAGUCCCCGAUAGAACUGGUUCCAAGAGGAGCAGAUCGCGCUCCCCGUCGUCGUGGCGCCGCCCUGAGAAAUUCUCUCGCCAAUCGGACGGAGCCAGCACGGCGAAUGGCCGUUCUCGAACCCUCCCUCACAGCGGUGCGUCUGGGCGGUAUCCGCGGAGCAUGAAAGAACAGACUCAGUUGAACCAGCUCCAAGAAGAUGAAAAAAUGCGAGAAUGGGUGGCCCAAGAGGAUGAUUUUGUAUUAAGGCAGGCAAAGAAGAAGGCAGAGAUACGGGUGAAGGAAGGACGCGCAAAGCCAAUUGACUGGCUUACGAUUACUCUCCGAGUUAUAGAUCCCACGAGGAAUCCCUUGGAUGAUGAAAUAGCAACUUCCGAACUUGAUCUAAUCGAUCCAGAAGGUGUGUUCGAAGGUUUAUUACCAGAUCAACUACGCGACCUUGAGACAGAUAUCGAUACUUUUUUGACACUGGAGAAGCAUCCCAAGAAUAGGGAUUUUUGGAAGACAAUGAAAAUAGUGUGUGAAGACAGCAGACAGAAGUCACAGCCAUUCGGUCCGGAAGGUCGAGCCAUGAAUUCUGUCGCUGAUGAUAUCAACAGGCUUCUUGGCCCGAAGUCUUACGAAGAGCUAGAAACACUGGAAAUCCAAAUUCGGCGGAAACUAGAUUCCAAAGACCCCAUCGACACGGAUUACUGGGAGCAGCUCUUGAGAAGCUUGACUGUUUGGAAAGCUCGUGCGAAACUGAAAAAGGUCUAUCAAGCUGUCAUUGAUGGCCGCAUCAGCGGGCUUCGGAACCAGCAAAAGGAAGAAGCGGUAGCUGUACAGAAGAAACUUGCACCGUUGGCGCCUCUUUUGGUGGCAAGUAGUGGCCUGCUGCCGAGCGAUAUCCUGAACAAGGAAACUGUUUUAGACCUUGACCCUGAACCCCUUUUGCACCUAGGAGCACAAGAUAAAAGUCUCGAUAUUCUAGAUGAAGAAGCGCUUUUAAGCAAGGUGGCUCUUGAUCGCCAAAAGAUCCUAAAAAUGGGAUUUGUCCCUCUGCGACACCGCGCUAUAGAGAAAAUGUCAACACUAGUUACCGCCCCUUCUGUAGAUACUUCUACAGCUCAUUUUGCAUCCCGGUUUGCGGCGAUUCCGAAUGAAGAUUUCUCCCAGGCAACAAGAGCGUUGUACGAACGAGAAGUGGCAAGAGGAGUCAGCGAGAAUGAGGAAAUUUUCGCUGGCGAAGAAGCUGUGAGUACAGCUGCGAAGCCAACAUGGGCCAACAAGUACCGGCCUCGCAAACCGAGAUAUUUCAAUCGCGUCCAGAUGGGUUAUGAGUGGAAUAAAUAUAAUCAAACACACUACGAUUACGAUAACCCACCUCCGAAGGUUGUUCAAGGGUAUAAAUUUAACAUAUUCUACCCCGACCUGAUCGAUAAAACCAAGGCUCCGACCUACAAAAUAGAGCGGGAAAACGGCAGGAAACGUGGCCAGUCAUUUGCCCCAGCUGGCGAAGAGGAUACAUGUCUUAUUCGAUUCAUUGCUGGUCCUCCUUACGAAGACUUGGCGUUUCGGAUAGUGGACAAGGAAUGGGAUUACAGCGCAAAGAGAGAAAGAGGUUUUAAGAGCAGUUUUGACAAGGGAAUUCUUCAACUUCAUUUUCAGUUCAAAAAGAUAUAUUACCGCAAAUGA